AUGGCACCACCGUGUAACAUCCUCCCCCCUCCCCUCCUCUCCGCAAGAAAAAGCAAGAAGACAGCCCCAUACCACCUGCACCGCACCCCACCGCACCACCCUCCCACAACAUACGCAAACCCCCAGCCCGCAAAACACAACCUGCCCUGCGAAGAAAAGUAA